AUGAACAGAAAACAUACAAAUCUUCUGUUCUACAUUUGCCUUUCAUCUCUAGCUAUUUUCAUUUACUAUAACGAAAUUCUUACAUCUCCAAUCAUUGAUCAAGAGGUUUUUUAUUUAUCCUGUGAUAGCUUACUGGAUUAUCUGAAAUACCCGGCUCCAGUUUUACUGAUUGAUCAUGAGAUUUUGGAGCAAAUUGAUAGAAGUCAUUGUCAUUUACAAAACGAUAAACCGGUAAAAAUCGGAAUAGAUGUUUCAUACGAACCACGAUUAAGUGAUCACAGAUUUCAUUUGGCUUAUUUCAAAAAUUCUAGUAGUGCUGAUUUUUUGAAUUUUGGAAUUCACCACAAGAAAAAACUGAUUCCGAAAAACUACCCUUCUCGAGUUCUGGGUAAUAUUCAAGUCCCCACCGAUAUUCAAAAAUUUUUAGGUUUUUGGCAGCGCUCCAGUUUCAUAGCAUGUUCGAAUCCAAACAACCAAAAGAACAUUUCCGAAACAGCUGUUACUGCACUAGCCUCGAUGAGAGAAGAACUAAUCAAUCAUGGAAUCUUCCCAUUUUUAACUGGAACUACUCUUCUGGAAUGGUACAAAGAAUGUACUAUUCCAGCGGGAAAAUUGAAUCUGGCAGUGAUGGCUACAGAAUUUUCCAGAAAUGUGUUGACUGAACUAGAAAGUGGAAUCAACGGUUGGAAAGUUGUCGGCACAACUGGAAAUGCAACAAAAAUUUUGUAUUCUCCAAUUACGACCCUUGGUGCUCUACCAGCAUCCAUGGACAUAUAUUUUGGAUUACAUGUACUCCGGAGACUCGUUUGGCGGAAGAAUUUGGGGAGGAUUGGAAGACGCACACUCUAUAAUUAUUCUUCGAAUUUCUACCAAACAAUUAUCUGA